GGGAGGCUCGGAGGAGGCGCGGCCGCCACGGGACACCCCGCUCGGCUCGGCCCGCCCGGGAAAGGCGACUCCGGCUCCCAGCCCGCGGCGGCGGCGGCGGCGGGCGACAUGUGCGAGUGAGAUGCGGCCGCGGGCAGCCGGGACGCGAGCAGCGGCCGCCGCAGCAGCGGGCAGCGCGGGCGCGGCCUCCUCAGCCCCGGACGCGCGGUGGAUGAGGGCGAGCACGCGGGCGCUGGGCAGCCGCCGGCCACGCCGCUGCCAUAAACACUCAUUUAGGACUCGUUCGCUGCGCUGAGCCCGCCGGCCGGCCGCCUUCCCCCCACCCCAGAUCCCCGGCGCCCCCGCCAUGGAGGCCCCGCUCGAGCCCGGGCCCCACGCUGACGCCUCCGCCGCGGCCUCGGCUUCGGCGCUGCUGCGUGGCCCGGAGGUGGCGCGGCUCCGCGAGGAGCAGGAAAAGGUGGUCAGUAACUGCCGAGAGAAAAUCCAGCACUGGAAGAAGGUAGAUAAUGACUAUAAUGCCCUUCAAGAAAGACUCAGUACAUUGCCUGAUAAGUUGUCUUAUAAUAUCAUGGUACCAUUUGGCCCCUUUGCCUUCAUGCCAGGAAAACUUGUCCAUACUAAUGAAGUCACUGUUUUACUUGGGGACAACUGGUUUGCAAAGUGCUCAGCAAAGCAGGCUGUAGGCUUAGUUGAGCACAGGAAAGAACAUGUAAGAAAAACAAUAGAUGAUUUUAAAAAAGUGAUGAAAAAUUUUGAAUCCAGAGUUGAAUUCACAGAAGAUUUGCAGAAAAUGAGUGAUGCUGCAGGUGAUAUUGUUGACAUAAGAGAAGAAAUUAAAAGUGACUUUGAAUUUAAAGUAAAACACAGAAUUGCCCAUAAACCUCACUCCAAACCCAAAACUUCAGAUAUUUUUGAAGCAGAUUUUUCUUCAAAUGAUGUAAAAUCCAAAGAUUUGCUUGCUGAUGAGGAACUGUGGGCUCGACUUGAAGAACUAGAGCGACAAGAAAGUUUGCUGGGAGAACUUGAUAGUCAUCCUGAUUCUGGAAUUGCAAAUGGAGAAGAUACAACUUCUUCUGAGGAUGAAAAAGAAGAUCAAAACCCAAACGGGAAUGGGGCUGAUCAAGUAACGGAUGCUCUUACUCCCAGCAGUUGUCAUGAGGAUUUUACAAAUUCAGAACUGUUCAGUGGUCAAGUGAAUACUCAGUUGAAUUGUUCAGUGAAUGGUUCAAAUUCCUAUCCUAGUAAUGAAGAUGAUGAAGAUGAUGAGGAUGAGGAUGAUGAGGAUGGUGAUAAUGAAAAUGACCAUGAUGCUUUAGGAAUUGGAGAUAAAUCUGUACCAACAAUAUAUUUUUCUCAUACUGUUGAACCUAAGAGGGUCCGAAUAAAUACUGGAAAAAAUACCACUUUAAAAUUUAGUGAAAAGAGAGAAGAAGCCAAACGUAAGCGAAAGAACAGCUCUGGCAGUGGCCAUUCUGCCCAGGAGCUGCCUAUCAUUAGGACUCCUGCUGACAUUUACAGAGUCUUUGUUGAUGUUGUGAAUGGAGAAUAUGUCCCUCGUAAAUCAAUCCUGAAGUCUAGAAGCAGAGAGAACAGUGUUUGUAGUGAUACCAGUGAAAGCAGUGCUGCUGAAUUUGAUGAUCGACGUGGAGUUCUGAGGAGUGUUAGCUGUGAAGAAGCCACUUGCAGCGAUACCAGUGAGAGCAUUUUGGAAGAACAACAAGAAAGUCAUCAAAAGAAACUUUCGCCUUUAUCAGGAACACCUGAGGCUUUUUCUGGAACUGUAAUAGAAAAAGAAUUCAUAUUACCAUCCUUAACACCUCAUCCAGCCAUUGCUCAUCCUGUACUACCCACUAUUCCAGAACGAAAAGAAUUUUUGUCAAAUGUGUCAGAAGAAACUACCAAGAGGGUUUCAAAGUUCAGAGCUGCCAGAUUGCAACAGAAAAACUAGGCUCUUCUUUGGAAAUGGGAGUUAACAUCCUGAAACCUAGUUUUGCAUUUGUUUAGAGUAUAUAUAGCAAAAUAUGUUACAUGUAGUUUGAAAUAAGGGUUCCUGAGUUAAGUUAUAGCAAGUUCUCUUACCCUCAGAGUGAUAUUAAAAUUAAAUGUUUGAAUACUUUAAUAUUCAGCUUAUUUUGUUAAUUCCCUGAAUACUGUCAACACCCUUGUCUAAGUUUGUCUUAUGAUGCAGUGGCAGCAUUUCAAAUUAUUUUUAAGAGAAUAUUGUUCUUAUGCAUUGUUUUUGUGUUUCAAUACAGGCAGUUUUGUACCAGCUGUGAUGUUGUGCAUACCAUAUGGAUCAUUUUAAAGAAAGUUUUAAAAUUUCAAAUAGAUUCAACAAUUAUAUUUCAUUACUUGCUUUAGCAUUUUAAAGGCACUUUAACAACAACAAAAACCCACCUACUUAUCUUGUAGGUUUUGCAGUUAUGUGGCUAUUUAAAAACCUCUCCCCUUUGAAUGUCAUGCUGUAUCUCUAAGGCAGAAAGCUUACAUGUACCCUGUGGGAAAGUUUCUUUGUGGAAGAAUGGUAUUUUGUAAAACUUUUUUUUCAAGUAAAAAUUUUAUGGAACUUGGUCUCUUAAAUGUUGUGAACUUUAUGAUGCAAGCAUCUAUAUGUUACAAGCAUGACACAAUGAGUCCUUGAAUUCUUAUAAUCCAUAGGCACUUUUUCUCCCAUAAUGUGUGUAGUUAUAACUCCACCCAUAUUCUGGAAAAAGGGAAAGAUUUCUGAAUGCUAAAAAGCAGAUUUUUUAAGUUUAGAAUUCUUACGUUUUAAUCUUCUACAUUUUAUUCUCUAAGGCUGGCUGAAAUGAAAUAUUUUGGUAAAUAACUAAAAUAUUUACUUUUAGCAAACUAAAAUAAAGAGAAAUUUAUUCUGAUGUUGAAAAUUAAACUGCAAGUGUUAAUCAUGAGCUCAAUGCAUAUUAAACCAUGGCUUUUAAAAAGCAUUCUGCAUUAGUACUAAAAUAAGCCAUCGAUGCCAGUCCACUCUUUCUAUUCAUGGCUAAAUAUUUAAAGGUUAUUUAUAGCUUCUUUAAUGAAUUUUUGCUUAAACACAGUGAAAUUAUGUCCUAGAAAAGUAGAACUAUUUGUAACUGGAACAACACAACUGUAAAAGUUUUAUGAAUAUGUAUUUUAGUAAUAAGGGGGUGAGCUUGAAUCCCCACUAGUUACUGGAUAAUUCUGAACAGAGGCCUGAUUUUGAAAGAUCACCUAAAGAUGCAUAUUUGUACUUUUGUAAAUUUUGAUCAACUCUGCAUAUAUUUUGCAGUUUAAAACUGUUUUACUCUCAAGUCAUCCCCCCAAAAAAGCCAAACCAAAUAAAAUGUACAUCACACAAACACAAAGGAGCUCCCAUUUCCAUCUGCAAUUCAAGUGAGCCAUUCUGUACUAGAUAGCCAACCCCCCCGCCCUGAAACAAAAUUUCUUGUCCGACUGUUGUGGUAUUCUUUACCAGCAUGUAAUCUCUAGGAGUAAUGUCAUUAAAUAAUUUUUCAAGUUCAUAAACUUCAUUUGGAGCCUGCUGUUGUUCAUGUAGUUUGUUACUUCCUUCAAAUAGAUCUCCCCUGGUAGAAUGAGAUGGUGGCAGAAGCAAAGAAAGAGCAUUUGAUUACUACGUUUUCGUAUGUUAGCCAAAGACCAAAUGUAAUUGUGUUGUCCCAUAUAAUAGUCAGUCUUGAAACAAAGUUUUAAAUUGUAACUUGAAAUUAUACCUUUCUUUUUAAAUUAAAUUUGAGUUACAAUGGAACAAAA